UUACCCUGGAGGAACAAAUGAUAUAUAAUCUCAUGACAAGAUUAUGUAAUUUUGCAGCACAAAGGCUCAACCUCCUGAUGUCUGUUGAAAGAAAUCGGAUUAAUAUUAAGACCGCGUCGCCCAGGUAAUUAAUGGCCCGCUAAGCCCCACAUGGUGACGAUGCUCGCCUGUCCGCAGCUUCAAUCGCAUUCGUUUUCCCUCCAUUCCGAACUGGCCAUAGUUCUGCCUUUCUGUGUGCUGCAGAUUGGGCCAUAAUCUUUUUGAUCAGGGGCAGUUCGGCUCUCCGGAAGCACUGCAAAUUACAGCCUCACCGGUCCCUGUCCUUUAACCUCCAGCGCCUUGGGUGCGAGCUCUUGCGACUGCUCCAUCGUGUGCCUCCUAUCCAAGCUCCGCCGCCGAGCUCUUUGAGCUGUAUUACGCCCACCAUGGCUUCCAUACGCACCACCGAGCAUACCAAGACCGAUCAAGAGCUUGCCGUUAGCAUCAAGAAGGCCACCAACCCCGAUGAAAUCUCUCCCAAGCGCAAACAUGUGCGAGCAUGUAUCGUCUAUACGUGGGAUCACCGGACCUCGCAGCCCUUCUGGGCAGCCAUGAAGGUCCAACCCAUUCUUGCCGACGAAGUCCAGACAUUCAAAGCUCUGAUCACUGUCCACAAAGUUCUGCAGGAAGGCCAUCCUUCGGCUUUGAAGGAAGCAAUGGCCAACCGUUCGUGGAUUGAUUCCCUGAACCGCGGAAUGAGCGGAGAAGGAGUUCGAGGAUACGGACCGUUGAUUCGCGAAUACGUAUACUACCUCCUUGCGAAGCUGUCUUUUCACCAACAGCACCCAGAGUUCAACGGCACUUUUGAGUAUGAGGAGUACCUCAGUCUUAAGGCCAUUAACGACCCGAACGAGGGAUAUGAGACCAUCUCUGACUUGAUGGUGCUGCAAGACAAGAUAGAGCAGUUUCAGAAAUUGAUCUUUUCGCAUUUCAGAAAUGUUGGAAACAAUGAGUGUCGAAUUGCAGCUCUGGUGCCCCUGGUUCAGGAGAGCUACGGCAUUUACAAGUUCAUUACCAGCAUGCUGCGCGCCAUGCACUCCAUCACUGGCGACGAUGAUGCACUGCAGCCCCUCCGUCAGCGGUACGACGCUCAGCAUUAUCGCUUGGUCAAAUUCUACUACGAAUGUUCCAACCUUCGAUACCUGACAAGUCUCAUCACAAUCCCCAAACUGCCGCAAGAUCCGCCGAACCUCCUUGCUACCGAUGAUGAUGCUCCGGCCUUGCCCGCUAGACCAAAGCAAGAAAUCGAGCGCCAGCCAUCUCCCGCGCCAGCCCCCAAGUCGGAGGAGCCAGAUGAGAUUUCCGAAUUUUGGAAGGGUGAACUGGAUCGUCAAAACCGUGAAUACGAAGAGCAACAGCGAGUUCUUGAAGAGCGACAGAGGGCUGCUCUUUUGGCGCAACAACAGGCCCAGCAGCAGGCCCAGCGCGAAUUCGAAGAGCAACAGCGGCGUUUGAUGGAACAGCAGCAGCGGGAACAGGAGGCGCUUCUUGCGCAACAAGCGCAAUGGCAGACGCAAGGUCGCCUGGCCGAACUCGAGCGGGAGAAUCUUAACGCACGGGCGCAAUACGAGCGUGACCAGCUGAUGCUACAGCAAUACGAUCAACGUGUCAAGGCUCUGGAAGGCGAGCUGAUGCAAAUUCAAAACAGCUAUGGUCACCAGAUGAGUAGCAAGGACGACCAGAUCAAAGCGCUGCAAGAGCAAGUCAACACUUGGAGAUCAAAGUAUGAGUCCCUCGCGAAGCUAUACUCUCAGCUUCGACAUGAGCACCUGGAUCUCCUGCAAAAGUUCAAGGCAGUACAGCUCAAGGCCGCAAGCGCCCAGGAAGCCAUUGAGAAGCGCGAAAAGUUGGAGCGAGAGAUCAAGACGAAGAAUCUUGAGCUAGCUGAUAUGAUCCGAGAGCGUGACCGAGCUCUUCACGACAAGGAUCGGGCCAGCGGAAGCAGCAAGGAUGAGGUAGAGAAGCUCAAACGAGAGCUCCGCUUGGCGCAAGAUCGGGCCGACAAUCUUGAGCGUAGCAAGGGCAACGAGCUAUCCACAAUGCUCUCCAAGUACAACCGUGAGAUGAGUGACUUGGAAGAGGCACUGCGGAUCAAGUCCCGGGCCUUGGAGGAGGCUCAGAGCAAAAUCCGAGAUGGCGAUUCCGAUCUCGAACAGCUCCUGCGCGACAAAGAAGAAGAGCUUGAGGUGUACAAAGCAGGAAUGGAUCAGACACUCAUUGAGUUGAACGAGCUGAAGCAGAACCAGGGAGAGACAGAUCAUGCUUUGGACGGACAAAUCGACGCACUGAUCUUAUCCAACUUGGAUAAGAUUAACGACAUUAUUGAUUCGGUGCUGCAGGCCGGUGUCGCGCGAGUGGACGACGCUCUCUACGAGUUGGAUUCGUCCAUGCAAGCCGGUAACCAGAAUGCGUCGCCAACAUAUGUCCUCUCUCAGAUUGAGAAGGCGUCUGGAAGCGCAAUGGAGUUUGCCACUGCUUUCAACAACUUCAUCGCAGACGGACCCAACAGCACACACUCAGAGCUGAUCAAGGCCAUCAAUGUCUUCUCUGGAGCUGUUGCCGAUGUGUGCAGCAAUACAAAGGGUGUGGUGCGUCUGGCGACGGAUGACAAAAAGACUGACGCGCUGAUGCAGGGCGCAAGGCAAUCGGCCCAAUCCACCGUGCAGUUUUUCAGGGGCUUACAGAGCUUCCGCCUGGAGGGAAUGGAGCCGCUGCAAAAGACAGACGUUGUCAUCAACAGCAACAACGAUGUGCAGAUGAAACUGCAGAAGCUCAACAAGCUGGUCGAGGGUCUCGCUCCUGGCUUUGGAAAGUUGAUGAACAACAAGGGAGACUUGGGAGACCUGGUGGACUCCGAGUUGAGCAAAGCGGCUGACGCCAUUGCGGCGGCGGCGGCUCGCCUUGCUAAGCUGAAGAACAAGCCUCGUGAUGGAUACACUUCGUACGAGGUCAAGGUGCACGACUCAAUUUUGGAUGCUGCUACAGCCAUCACAACGGCCAUCGCGGAGCUCAUUCGCGCGGCAACGGCGACACAGCAGGAGAUUGUGCAGGCUGGGCGAGGCUCAUCAUCGCGAACAGCCUUUUACAAGAAGAACAACAGGUGGACCGAGGGUCUCAUCUCGGCGGCCAAGGCAGUAGCUUCGUCAACCAAUACGCUCAUCGAGACGGCAGACGGAGUCCUGUCCAACCGCAACAGCCCAGAGCAGCUGAUUGUGGCAUCCAACGACGUCGCGGCGUCUACGGCGCAGUUGGUGGCUGCCAGCCGAGUCAAGGCUGGCUUCAUGUCCAAGAGCCAGGAUCACCUGGAGCAAGCCAGCAAGGCUGUUGGAGCAGCAUGCCGAUCGCUGGUGCGCCAAGUUCAGAGCAUGAUUCGUGAGCGAAGCCAAGAGGAGGACCAGGUAGACUACUCCAAGCUUGGAGCACAUGAGUUCAAGGUUCGCGAGAUGGAGCAACAGGUUGAGAUUCUGCAACUGGAAAACGCGCUUGCUUCAGCAAGACACCGUCUCGGCGAAAUGCGGAAGAUUUCCUACCAAGAGGAAUAGAAGGCUGCCCCCUCUAUUUUUUUUUCUGUCUGCGAGCUUCUCGAACAAAACAACUUUAACCAAUGUAGUUCUGAUAUCCUGAUCGUUGCUUUCACGGCCUAGUCAUUUUGGUGAUAUUACUGUGUAUUUCGUCAUGUUUUUAUCCAUAGAAGAUGCGUCC